AUGACGCGAAUCAGCUGCUCGCAAGAAUCUGUCGAUGUGCUGCUGCUCGGCUCCGGAUGGACCGGCACCUUCCUCAUCCCGCUUCUCCACCAAAAUCACCUUCGCUAUACCUACACCUCACGUUCGCCACCGGACACAAAUGAGGACAGACAUAGAAUCCAGUUUCAACUCACUGAUCCCGUCACGAGGCAGUCGCUCACUCCACUACCACGCGCAUCCACCGUCGUCAUCAUCUUUCCCAUAAAAAACCUCGAGCAAGUCGACGACCUGGUCCGCGAAUACCAAGAGUUGCACGGCCCCACUCGAUGGAUCCAGCUUGGAAGCACCGGUAUUUGGGGUCCUGGAAGGAGCUCCUCCUCCUCUCCCUUCGACACCUCCAAUCCUAGAGCAGCCGCCGAGCAACGACUCCUGGAUAUCACCUCCCUAGCCGCAUCCAGAACUCCAGGCACAGCCGCCGUUCUCAACCUCGCCGGCCUGUACGGUGCACAGCGACAACCCAAAAACUUUGCUUCACGUCUAGGCGCCUCCAAAGAGCUCCUCUCCGUCAAGGGCAGUGUUCACUUUGUCCAUGGUUCCGACGUGGCGAGAGCCAUACUGCUUCUCCAUCAAAGCAACCAUGCAGGCUGGGGCCGUCGUUGGAUCGUCUCGGAUACAAAGGUGUACGACUGGUGGCAGCUCUUUCGCUUUCUGCGACCUGUUCUGCCAGAUCAUCCUAAUGACAGCCCACAAACCGCUCAGCGUUGGGUACAUGAGCUUCUGAAGGAAAACCACAUUCAUACUUUACCUCGUCCCAUUGCCGAGUCAGCCGGUCAAAAUCUGCCGCGCUACCUCGACCGCGCUCUUGAAGGCCACGAAUUUUGGGAGCUCUUUGACACCAAGCCCAGUGUCGACUCGGUGUAUCGCAGCGCCCAACACGAUCUGCAGCCGAGUAAGAGCCAUGCCAAUGGUGUCCGGAUCGAAUCGUACAACGAGAAAUCGCCAGUGCAAGAUCAACGCAAUCACAAGCUCAUCGGCUCUAGCACACAGUCGUUUGUUGUACGCGAGUUCGACGCUACCAUUCCACAAGAUCGCAUCCAAGAGCUCAUCGCACGCAUCGAAAUUGACUCACAGCGUCCACUACCAACCAAAGCUCACUUUGAAGGCAAUCGCGAGAGUCUGGGAUUGACGCACCAACGCUUUUCUGACCUACGCGACGCGUGGAUCCCGUUUCUGCACUCGAAACCGGCGACGCCCGCAACUGAGCUCGACGAAUCCAUCUCUAUCCGUCACGCCAGCAUCCGACGCUCCGGCCCGGAUCACGACACCUGGGCAGCCGAACAAGCGCGCAUCUCGUCGUUUUCGCACUAUUCGGUGCUCAUCGAAGACGUCGAUGUGCAUUUCAUCCACGAACGCGCCAAUGCUCCUGCUGCUGGUUUCAACACCAAGGUCAUCCCCCUGCUGCUGCUGCACGGCUGGCCUGGCUCGUUCCACGAAUUCUUGCAAGUCAUCAAGCCACUCGCUCAUCCGGGCAACUUGACGCCUGUCCACUUUGACGUUGUCGUCCCCUCUCAUCCUGGCUAUAUUUUCUCGAGUGCUGCUGCCGGGCUCGCUCGCGAUUCGCGUACGGCCAAACUGGUCGGCAGCCACUCUGGCCCCGACGGCGAUCUGCUCGUCAAAGAUGUCGCACGAAUCAUGCACAAACUCAUGCUCACUCUUGGUUACCACAACUAUGCUAUUCAGGCAGGAGAUUGGGGAGCCGCGGUUUUGCGAAGCAUGGCCAAUCAGUUUCCACAAAAUGUAAGAGCGGUACAUCUUAACUUCUGCCCUUGUCAGGGACCGAACCUCAUCGUGCCGCUUCUGGGUCGAGAAUUGACGCCACGCUGGGUGUUGCGACUUCCGCAUCUGGUGUCAAAGCAGCGUUAUGCAAAACGCGCAUUGGGCUUGUUUGAAUCUUGGACGUCUGGCAAACGUGGGCGUAGUUCCUGUGUGACUGGGCGCGUUUUCGGCCACGCUGCCGAGCUGGGCGUGGAGAUGGCUUGGAAGGUCGCCUCCGUGCUCAGCAUGGGCUCGAUUCCACCACCGCUUUCACUCGACGAGCGCGAAUCACUGCUUCGUGGAAUGCAGUUCGCAUCCAACGCAAGUGCGUACGCCUCAAUGCAUGCAACUCGACCGUCAACGCUCGGGCUAGUGCUCUCGCGUUCUCCGCUCGCGACGCUCGCCUGGGUCGCCGAAAAAAUGUACGCCUGGUCAGACAGUCACCCGACGCCCAACACCAUCCUCGCCAACUUGACGCUCUACGAAUCCACAGACACGAUCGCUGGCUCCUUUUACCCAUACCGAAAUCGUGAUGCACGUGGGCCAAGCGAGAUUGCCAGCGAUCCCGACAAUUACAUUCACCAACCUACAGGCUACUCGAGCUUUCCCUUGGAAAUCAUCCAGGCUCCACAGAGCUUUGUGCAAGCAAGCGUCAACCUUUGCUGGUACAGAAAGCACGCACAAGGCGGCCACUUUGCUGCGCUAGAAGAGCCCGCCAUUCUCGUAGACGACAUCACCGAUUGCUUUGCUCAAAUCUGGCCAUUGUAG